AUGGAAACAGAUUCAGAAGAUGAAAUACCAGAUUUAGUGCCUUUUAAACAAGUUCCAGUCACAAUACUAACUGGAUUUUUAGGUGCCGGUAAAACUACGUUGUUAAAUUACAUAUUAACUCAACAACACAAUAAAAAAAUAGCUGUGAUUUUAAACGAAUUUGGUGAAGGAAGUGCUUUAGAGAAAAGUCUUGCAAUUAGUGAUAAUAAGAAUUUAUAUGAAGAAUGGUUGGAAUUGAGAAAUGGAUGUUUAUGUUGCUCUGUUAAAGAUAAUGGUGUCAAAGCCAUUGAGAAUUUGAUGAAAAAAAAAGGAAAAUUUGAUUAUAUACUUCUUGAAACAACUGGUUUGGCUGAUCCAGGACCCAUCGCUUCCAUAUUUUGGUUAGAUAAAGAACUUGGAAGUGAUUUGUUUCUCGAUGGAAUAAUAACAGUUUUGGAUGCUAAACAUGCUUUCGAAGUAAAUAUUGAAAAAUCAGAAAACAAACCAUUCGGUAAAUUCAAUGAAGCUUUAAGGCAAGUUGCUUUAGCUGAUCUUGUUAUAAUAAAUAAAAUAGAUUUAAUAACGAAGGAAUCAUUAGAGUGCCUUAUAAAACAAGUCAGAAAAAUAAAUUCACACUCCAAAGUAUUAACGUCUGUCAAAUGCAAAGUGGGUUUAAAUGAAAUUUUAGAUCUUCGAGCGUACAGUUCGUUUACACGAAGCGAGUUUUCCGACUUGAUCGAAUCGAAAGAUGAAGGAAGAGGUCACACGAUCGACAGUCGAAUAAGAACUGUGACUCUAAAUAUACCCAAACGUAUGACCCGAACGGGUUUGGAAAAAUUUCUACAGGAAUUACUAUGGGAAAAGUGUGCGGAAAAUGAUGGGUCGGAUGACGCCACGCGAAGUAUCAUAUUGAGAUUAAAGGGAAUCGUUUCGAUCAAAGAUGAAUCGCACCCGGUCAUAGUUCAAGCCGUUUACGAUUUAUACGAUAUUGAAACGAUAGAAAAUGAAAAAGAAGCCAUCGACGGUACGAGGUUUAUUUUCAUCGGUUCGGAUUUAAACGUCGACAAUUUACUUAGAAUAUUCGAAGAGUGUUGCGUCGUGGAAGGAAGUUAA